AUGGAGCCUCACGAACUAGCUAUCGCUGCACUCAGCCAGAUUGCUCGAAAUAAAGAUCUAUGUGAGAGGGCCAAGGGUAAUAUAUCUAAUGAAUCCUCCGAUUCUACUACUGGAACUUAUCCAACACGUCCCAUAUCCGAAUCUGGUAACCCCUCCUCUCGCUAUGAGAGGGAAGCGGAACCUUGUGAGCACUCUAGAACAGGAUUAAAAUCUAUGAAUCCCGAGGUCUUGCCACCAGUUGGAAGCCGCGUUGAAACAACUCAAGAUACGAGCCUAAUCGCUUCUCGACCCGAAAUAUCAGAAUUUCCGCGCCCAGCUGCUAGUAUUGAACCACAUCACUACGCUGUAGCCACGCCUACCGCUGUUGGCCAAAAAAGGACAGCCAACGGUCAAGUCAAACUAGACUCUCCUAUGUCACCAGAAUAUUCACAGGCUCAUCGGCACUCGCGAAAAAUCAGUACUGUCAGCAAUGCGUCUACAGCAAGUAGUUCAAGAAUAGGAGAGCUUACUGCCGAACUACGGACACGCUUAUCUUAUGCAAUGAUGAAGGUAAAUAAUGGAUGGCAAUCCAACUCUAUCGAUGAGGUAGAAUCGCUAGCAUCACAGAAAGGAUCGCCGACAUCUUCCACUUCCACCGUUCCAUAUCGAUCAAAUCUCCAUAAAUCUCCACGCGCUGCAAUCGCAAGUGUUCAGAGACGUAUCGGCAAAACUCAGGGACCAAUUCCCGAGUAUGAAAGUUAUUAUCGAUCUGAGCAGCCCACAAGGACUUAUGAAUCAUUUUGGCGCGACCACUCCGUACCUGAACGUACAGCUGCGAGUGACCGUACUAUUUCUCCGCCAGCUUCCCGAGCUCUAGCACCAUCGGCCGAUAUUCGUCCUGCAUAUCCGCAACGCUCCAAUACUUCAAGCAAAUGUAGCAAACCACCUCUACCACAUCCACCACCUGGCCCUAGCCAUACAUCACCUGGAGCAUACCAGGCAUCAGGCCCUCAAACACCUCAGCGUACGGUGCUUCGGGAUGCAUCUGCGAGAAAUCAGUCUACUCGUACAACAACCCAAGAGCAAGAUGCAAUUGAGACACUACUUUUCAUGAGUAGCCCUGGCAAUGUGAGUAGCCUCGGUCAUGCUCUUCCGCCGCCACGGCCACAAGCCUCACCACAACGGAGCCCACUACGCACAGAACUUCACAUUCAACCAAAAGAAGCGUCCAAUCGACGCUGUGCAUAUAGUGUUGUCUUUGGACAGAACACUAAUGUGACAACUGAGCAUGGCUCUCGGCCACAAUCAAGCACAGUACCACUUGAUCAAGAGCAAAGUACCGUCAUUGAUCGUCUACUCGAUGAGAUGGGCGAAUCAAGCAGUGAUGAAGACGAUAUGGUGAUGAAAUAUCCAAGUCCACGUAGAGUGGCGGCCGGAAGGGUAUAG